ACGUCGGUCACACGUCAAAAAUUUGCCAUUACAAAAGAAAAAUAUAAAAAGAAACCAUCAAAUCAAAUCAAACCAAAAAAAGUUAGACCAGAUAUAAAUACAGUAUACCAGUGGAUUUCGUUUUUUCCACUUAUUCGCAAAUCCUAUUUUCCGUUAAUUAAUUCAAGCAUCAGUGGGAGUUCACCAAAAAAUCCCCAUUCAUAUUCACAACAAAUGUGCUUGUGGGAUAGGAUACAACGAUACGCAGUUUUAUUUUUAUUUCUAUUCUAGUCUAAGUACAGUACCGUACAGCUUGUCGUGUUUGGUGUUUUUCUUUUUUAUUUCGAUUUAUGUGAGGUGUGAGGCCAAGGUUUUGAACGAGUAUCUGCGGAUAAUUAUGCCCUGGGACUAGGACCAUUAGGAAAGUUGAAAGAUGGAUCCUGUCGAAGUGGGACCUGGGGCUUCUUCUAGCUCUAAGGCACGUAUCGUCAAAGAGGGAUGGUUGUUCAAGAGGGGAGAGCAUAUAAAAAAUUGGAGAGCCAGAUAUUUUGUGUUGUUCGAUAAUGGAGCAUUGACAGGCUUCAAAAACAAACCAGAUGAUUAUUACAGCGACCCAUUGAACAACUUUACAGUUAAAGAAUGUCAGAUUAUGUCGAUAGACAGACCAAAACCAUAUACUUUUGUUAUACGUUGCUUACAGUGGACUACAGUUAUUGAGAGAAUGUUCCAUGUCGAAACUGCAGAAGAAAGGGAAAAGUGGGUACAAGCCAUUAAAUCUGUGUCUGAAAGAUUAUCAAAUGAUUGUGACGAUGUAGAAAUGAAUAAUGCAGCUAACCCUGAUAUGAUGGUUGACUUGUGGGAAAAGUGUUCAUUACAAGGAACAUCAAUUUCCAAGUCUACAGGAAAAAGAAAAGUGACCCUCGAAUGUUUCGAAUUUAUCAAAGUGUUGGGAAAAGGAACGUUCGGAAAAGUGAUUCUUUGCAGAGAGAAGGCCACCAGCCAUUUGUAUGCCAUUAAAAUCCUCAAAAAAGAAGUCAUUAUUCAGAAAGAUGAAGUUGCUCAUACUCAGACUGAAAAUAGAGUAUUGAGAACUACAAAUCAUGCAUUUUUAACUUCAUUAAAGUACUCAUUCCAAACCAAUGACCGAUUAUGCUUUGUAAUGGAAUAUGUCAAUGGUGGCGAAUUGUUUUUUCAUUUAUCAAGAGAAAAAGUAUUCUCAGAAGACCGAACGAGAUUUUAUGGAGCUGAAAUAAUUUCAGCCCUUGCUUAUUUGCAUUCUCAAGGCAUUAUAUACAGGGAUUUGAAAUUGGAGAACUUACUGCUAGACAAAGAUGGCCACAUUAAGAUUACAGAUUUUGGUUUGUGUAAGGAAGAUAUUACAUAUGGAAGAACUACUAAGACGUUUUGUGGCACUCCCGAAUAUCUUGCACCUGAAGUCUUGGAGGAUAAUGACUACGGCAGGGCAGUGGAUUGGUGGGGUAUCGGCGUCGUCAUGUACGAAAUGAUGUGCGGACGAUUGCCCUUUUACAAUAGAGAUCACGACAUGCUCUUUACUCUGAUUCUGAUGUCAGAUGUUAAAUUUCCCAGAAACUUGAGUGAGGAAGCUAGAAAUUUGCUCUCAGGACUACUCAUCAAAGAUCCCACUAAAAGGUUAGGUGGAGGUCCAGACGAUGCCAAGCAAAUUAUGGCUCACCCUUUCUUUGACAGCAUUAAUUGGAGAGAUCUUGAACUAAAGAAGAUUCCUCCUCCUUUCAAACCUCACGUAACCUCCGACAUAGACACUAGGUAUUUUGAUCAAGAGUUUACUGGUGAAAGUGUGGAACUAACACCUCCAGAUAGCACAGGACCUUUGGGCUCCAUCCAAGAGGAACCUCAAUAUUUCCCACAAUUCAGCUUUCAGGAUUUAUCUUCUACUUUGAGCAGCUCGGCCUAUGUUAGCGGAAGUAUGGCUAGUGUUGCUAAUAUUAUGCAGUGAAGAUUGAGAUGGUCAUAGAUUCAUGAGUACCAAUCCCAAAAGCUAAAAAGCCCAUAUUGAGCUACCAAUAGGUUUUGUGAUAUACAUAAUAUUAUAUAACAACUUUUUUACUAAUGUAGUUUCCAAAGGAACUACCGGAUUUGUUUUCUUUUUCAUUUGAACAGAGCAUAAUAAUUAUUAUUGUACACAUACAUUAUUUAGAUAUAAGGUGCGUUAUUAGAUUAGCCAGAAAUAUUUUCCUCAUGUAACAUGUAAUCUGAUAUAACAUUAUAGUGAAUGGAAGCCAUGCUUAGAAAAAAAAAAUAUUAUUUAAAUUUGGAAGUCUCAUCAUUUUUUUUAUUUGAAUUGAAUUUUGUUAUUAAAAUUUUGGUUUUCUUAAAUUGUAACAUUCAUUAAUAGCCAAAAAUUUCUAUUUUGUAAAUAUAAUUUUCAAAUUAUGGAACGAAUAAAAAAAAAUCAGCCCAAGGGAAAAAAUGGUUUUAUUGAAAGUACAGUAAUAAGUAUAAUAAUACAAGAUUAUGAACAUUCUUGGACUUUUCCAAACUGAGCUAUAAUUGGUUUUCCAUCAAUAAAGACACCAUUCAGAGCUUCUAAUCCUUGUGUAGCCUGAACUUGAUCUAAAAUAAUUUGAAACACCCUAUAUUCAUGUUCAAGAGAUUUGUAAAAAUCCUUACUUUGAAAUGUUAUGAAGGCCUGCCCUUUCAUUUUGCCAUUCAUAAUCCUAAUAGUAAAAGAACCAAUCUUGAAAUUUCCAAGCAACCUUUCCAAGCUUUUUUUAUCAACCUUUUUUCCUAAAUUCUUUAACAAUAAUAUAUUUGAUGGGUGUCCCGGUUCAAACAUUGAAAACUUGGGAAUCUUCUUUAUUUCUGCUAUAGUUAACUUUUUAUUUUUUUCAAGAUCAUCAUUUGUAUUUAGUUUUAUAAUUUGGCCAUUUCUAACUGUGUAUAUUGUUUGUGGGUCACAAGAAUAUUUCUUGUUUUUAUUCAUAACAUUUACACAUUCUUUUUGUGGGGGUUUCUGUUUUAUGUCCCACAGUGUUACUCUAUUUAAUUUAUAAAUAUUGAAAUCUGUAGCACUUAUUUCAGUUUUCUCCAAGUCAUUUAUUUUGUUUCCCAAAGAUCUGGCUUUUUUUCUAAUUAUUUUUAUGUCACGUUUGGAAUAAUUCGUACCAGUAUUCAUGAAAUCUUUCUCUAAAUUUGCAAGUUCAUCUAAAGGAUUUGGCUUAUUUGUUGACAAGUUGAAUCUCGAAUGAACACAAUUGACUUUCUGAAUGAUUUUUUGAAGACGCUGUUUUAGAAUAUCCUCAUUUACAUCCCUAUAUUUAUCCCAAAAUAAUUGUGAAUCUAAAUUUAAAUAAUCUCUGUAUAUUUCUAUAUCUCUAUCGUCCAAUCCUUUACUUUUUAGUUUAUUCAAUUCAUCCACAUUAUCAAUAAUUGUUUGAAAGUCUUUCAAGGUUGAUUUUCCACAAAUGUGGCCUGUUAUAUCCACAAAUUCAGCACUCUGGGUGAAAUGUUGUUGCUGGCUGACCUGCCUAUAGAAAAUUAUUUGUUUGAAAGUCCAUCGAGAUAUUUUCACUUACUCUGAGAGUGUAGUUUUGGUCCUAAGCUGCUUUUCAGUCAACUUUUUUAUCAGAAUAUCACAUUCAGUCGGUUGUUUUUUUGGAGGAGGUUCACCUUCUUCUAAGAAUUUCACUUUGGUUGAUUUGCUGCCAAAUAUACUAUACAUGUUUUUUUUUUUUCGAUUUUAACAAUAACUGAGAAGUAUAUUCUAUUUAACAAAUAAAUAAUAACCAAAGACAAGAAAAAUGCUGGAAAACAGUAGUA